UGCGUGACUUGACGCGUGUCGGGAGCAAUGGUUCGUAUUGAUGGGAGAGCUGGCGUGUCCCCGUCAGUAGAGUGUGCGUGGAGGCCGACCUGUGGUCAGCCAGGGCGAAGUUUACCGUGAAGCCUGCUCGUCCAGCUCUUAUCUGGCCCAGAGGAGCCGCAGACCGGAUGCAGCUGCACGGGGAGCCGGGAGGCGCUGCGCAGGUGUGUGGGAUCCACGCAGCAUGUAGCCCGCACUGAGGACGACUGCUGUGAGCCUGUUCUCUCUGCCGUGGCCCACCGUCUGCUCCCGUCCGCUGCGCCGAUCCGAGCCCCGGUCACCGGCUGGAGUCAUGGGUGGGAGUCUGGGCUGCCACCGCUCCAUCCCCAAGGACCCCACAGACUUCAGCUGCGGCAAGCGCAAAUUCAGCGCUGCGUGUAACUUCGGCCACAUUCUGGUGAACCAGGAGCGGCUGAACAUCAACACGGCCACCGAGGAGGAGCUCAUGACUCUGCCGGGAGUCAACCGCACUGUUGCGCAGAACAUCGUGGAGUACCGGGACUGUAUCGGGGGGUUUAAAAAGGUGGAGGACCUGGCUCUGGUGAGCGGGAUCGGGGCCACCAAACUGGAGGUGAUCAAACUGGAAAUAUGCGUCUCCAGCAGGACCAGUUCGUCCCAGCACUCCCCGUCCUCCCUGCGCAAAGAUCUGGAUCACCAGUCGUGUACCGGGAUGAACAUUAACACCGCCACCCCGGCGCAGCUCAUGAGCAUCCGAGGCAUCACGGAGAAAAUAGCCAAAAACAUCGUGGCGUACCGGGCGGAACACGGCCCGUUCAAGAGCAUCGAGGACCUGGUGAGGGUCAACCACAUCAACAGCUCCCUGCUGGACAAAAUCCGCUUCCAGGUGUUCGUGGAGCGCUCCAGGGCGCCGUCCACCAACACCAACGGCGGGUUGACCUGCACCACCAAGUCCCACCCCAGCCCGACUUCAUUCAGUCUCAUGAGCGACGACCUGGACCUCCCGCCGGGAGGACCGACCCAGAUCAUCUCUGUGCGGCCCAACGUGGAGCCCCCGCCCGGCCUGCGGGACGGGAAGCCCGUGGUGCGCCUGGCCACCUGGAGCCUGCAGGGCUGCUCCUGCGAUAAGGCCAACAACCCGGGGGUCAAAGAGGUGGUGUGCAUGACCCUGCUGGAGAACGACAUCAAGUUAGUGGCGGUGCAGGACCUGCUGGAGCGGGAGGCUCUUGAUAAGUUCUGUGUGGAGUUAAACCAAGGAACGCUGGCCAGCGUCCGGAAGUGGAAAUGGCCUCGAGGGCUGUGGAAAAGUGUUGUGUCUGAAAAACCCACUGGUCACUCCAGCAAGGGAGUAAGCUACUCUGGCUUCCUGUGGGAUAGUUCGUCUGGUGUUGACUUGAGGGAUGCUGUAGUCCUGGAGUCCCCUGUUGUCAACGGCAAUGGGAGUCAUACCUACCCUCGACUCUACCUGGCUCACUUUUCUGUUGGUUCAUAUGAGCUGACACUGGUGAACGUCCACAUUCAGGCCACAGCUGCAUCAGAGUCCAACGGCAAGAACCACAACACAGAUGAAGCCAAGUGUCACCGCCUCUCCCCCAGCAUCCAGGAAACACUCAAAGGUGAGAAGGAGUUGGUGGUUUUGGGAGAUUUCGGCUGCCCUCCUCAGAGCUCGGACCUGGACAUACUCAGAAAGGAGAAGCUCUGUGCCCUGGUACCAUCCACCCAGUUCACCAACAUCAGCACACGUUCACCACAAGGCACCCGAUGUCUGGACAACAUCUGGCUGAGCCGCUCCCUCAAGAAAAUCUACGCUGGUCACUGCAUGGUAGUGCGGGAGGGCUUGACCAACCCCUGGAUCCCCGACAACUGGUCAUGGGGCGGUGUGGCGUCAGACCACUGCCCAGUGGUGGCUGAGUUUUACGCAGACGUAUCCCCUAAGGAGCUGAGCAGGCCUGGUAUGGCAGUGGUGGACAGAGGAGACAUUAUGCCCAAACAUGAGCGGUGACAGCAUCCACAGUCACAGAACAGACAGCAGGGGAUGACUUCAGACUUUUUCCUGCCUGGAUCCUGCUUUGUCUCAGUUAGCCGUGGAGCAAAGAGUUUCCUGAUGAAUGUGAAGAAGUGCCAAGAUUGCCUUUUGGGUUUCAGUUUCUCACUGUAUAAUACUAGCUGGUAAGUCAUAGAGCCAUAAAAAUGUUCAGAUAAAAUAUAUAUAUGAUGUUCUUUAAAAAGAAAUGUGCCAAACAUUUUCUAUAUGUAUAUAAAAUAAAGAGAAAUGAAUAAAUGUUCCAGCUGCGUCUGAACCCUCAUUGAUGCAAAGAAGUGCUGAAUGUAAUCAGAGUCGGCUCUUCUGAGGCUGUGCUGUAAUGCUCGGUUCAGAGGGUGACAACAUCUUAGCUGUAGAGCUCGUGAAGGCUGCUCUCUUAAAUUAUGUAAGCCAGGCCUCUGUGUGCACGUGUGAUCUUCCUCUGUGAUGAUAAAGAGGUGCCAUCAGAGGACAGCGCUGCCGCCCGAGCCACACCUUUCAGGUUUCACAUAUUUAUUUGAUACACUGUUAAUGUUUGCAUCUGCAGAGUUCCCUGCCCUGUACCGUCCCGCUAAACCUGCCCCCCCCCCAGCACACCUCACAUGUCCCUUCAUCCUUUAUUUACCCCAGCAGUACACAUACCUGCUCUCAAGUCCCAGAGCCUCAGUCAGAUCACCUGUGCUGCUUCCUUGGCCCAGUUCUCCAGCUCUACCUGCCUGUCAGCAUUCAGUCCCUGUCCCAAGAACCCGAUCAUGAUCUAUUACCCAUGGUGCAGCUCGUGAGGCCCCCUAGUGGGUUGAGCCAGUCAUGCUCCUGCAAACA